GGACAGAGAGAACAGACAAAAACUGUGGCCGCACAUAAAGAAAGCUCGGGAUGAAGGAAAAACGGCCUACUUCGUGGGAGGAAAAGGAUACGUGAACGGUUCGGAAGUUCAUCUGUGAUCUGUCAUGCUUAGUUCAGAAGUCUAAUAUUCCAGUCAUGAGGGACAGACUUGACCACCUCCAGGCAGUAUCACUGCCUGAUGGCCCUGCAGCAGAGCAUGAAACUGCCCAAGCUCUCUCUCCAUCAGAAAACACAGAUUAUGAUGACCCUCCUCAAGACCCCAGCCCCAACCCUGACCUGGAAGCUGUCUUUGAUGAGGCACUGGAGGCUUGCCGUCAGAUUCAGUACAUUCGCCUGGAAGUAAAGCGUCUCAGUGAUCAAAACUCACAUAUUUUUACAGGCGCAGUCUGCUCUAGUGCUUCUAAUACCAAUGACUCCAAUGCUAUUGCAGCUGACAUCAAAACUCGUGGACAGGAGAUGCUCGCGCACCUUCGCAAGAUGGAUUCCCACAGGAAAGAAUUAGAGGAAAAGUAUGGCGUCAAUUCACCGGUGACAAGAAUAGCCCGAACACAGUACGCCAGCAUAAGCAACAGUUUCCGUGAUGCCAUGGUAGAGUACAAUGACGCUGAGAUGAGCCAUAGAGAGUCCUGCAAGGCGUAUAUUCAACGGCAGAUGGAGAUUGUGGGGCGAGAGGUCACAGGUGACCAGAUCGAAGAGAUGUUGGAGAAUGGUCAUUGGAACGUCUUCAGUGAGAAUAUGGUUUCAGAAGGUAAAACGGCACGGUCUGCACUCAUCCAGAUCGAUAGCCGACAUACGGAACUGCUACAGCUGGAGAGACGCAUUCAGAGCCUUCAUGAGGUGUUUCUGGAUGUGGCCAUGUUAGUAGAAGAGCAGAGCUCAAUGAUAGACUACAUUCACACCAAUGUUCAGUCAACUGAGGUGGAGGUCAGGGACGUCCUUGUGAAGCUGGAGCGAGCCAAGAGAUAUGAUAGGAGCAAUCCAUUUAAGAAAAUGUUCUUCUGGAAACGAUAAGAAGGACACAGAUAUCACAAUGUCAAAUAAAUAUGCAUUAAGUGAUUUUUUGUUGUGUAUUACAUUUUUAUGUGUUUUAUAUGUGUUAUUUAGGCAAAUGUAUAUUCAUCUUAAGAAAAACAAACAUUUAUCACACUAAUUUUUAAUAUAGACUUCACACUGAAAUAAAUCUGUCAGUUUUAUAAGUAUUUCUGUAGUUUGUGGGGUUUUUUGCCACCAGAAUUUUCUCAAAUAUGUACUUGUAUUAAUAUUAAACAUGCAUGUUUACAUCUUGCGUAUUUGACAAAUAACAAAUGUUGUGCCUUUGGAGAUUCAGAUAUCCUUUAUUUCUGUAGUUUGCACUUUUCAAGUGUUUAUUCUUAUGUGAAAUGUAUCUUGUCAAUAUAACUACGUUUUAUAGAUAAAUAAGGGAGGCAUUGGAUGACUGGUUAGUUGUAAUAGAUCUAACUAUUUCAUGUGUACGAACAUCUGUAUCAGCUGCAUCUCAUUCAGUGUGAAUUCAAUCAAAGUUUCGUAGCAGAUGUAAUAAAUUAGAGUGUAAUUUUGUUACACUAAUUAGAUCA